CCAAAACGAGAUUUGCCGCUGUUCCUUCUUUUCAUUUAGGAGGUGCAUAAUGGCUCGUGGUCCAAAGAAGCAUCUCAAGCGGCUUGCUGCUCCUAAGCACUGGAUGUUGGACAAGUUGACUGGUGUUUUCGCGCCACGUCCGUCCACUGGUCCCCAUAAACUGAGAGAAUGUUUACCAUUGGCUAUAUUUUUGAGAAAUCGUCUCCAUUAUGCGUUGACAUAUGAUGAAGUGAAGAAGAUUUUAAUGCAACGUCUUGUCAAGGUUGAUGGGAAAGUACGAACUGAUGUGACUUAUCCUGCUGGUUUUAUGGAUGUAAUCACUAUCGAAAAGACCGGAGAAAAUUUCCGUCUUGUAUAUGAUGUGAAAGGACGAUUCGCAAUCCACAGAAUCACAGCAGAGGAGGCCAAAUACAAACUUUGCAAAGUCAAGAAACUCGGAACUGCAGCAAAGGGAGUGCCAUUCCUUGUCACCCACGAUGCUCGAACGAUUCGUUACCCACAUCCUGAUGUCAAAGUACACGAUACUGUUGCUGUCGACAUCGCUACAGGAAAAAUCAUCAGUCACACAAAGUUUGAAAUUGGUCUUCUCUGUAUGAUUACCGGAGGGCACAACAUUGGACGUAUCGGAACUAUCAUGCAUCGUGAGAAGCAUCCGGGAUCUUUCGAUAUUGUCCAUGUUAAGGAUGCCACUGGACAUACCUUCGCUACCAGACUUGGAAACGUCUUUGUCAUUGGCCAGGUUAACAAGCCAAAUAUUUCUCUACCAAGAGGAAAAGGAGUCAAGUUGACUAUUGCAGAAGAGAGAGAUAAACGUCUUGCUCAGAAACAAUAAAAAUAGCCAUUGUGUAUCUUAUUACAUGUUCAAUAAAAAGAAAUGAAUGGCGUAAA